GGAUAAGGGCCCUCCGCCGAGUUGGGACGCGCGUGCUUGGGUCCCGUUCUCGAAGCUGGCCCUGGCCUCUCUAUCAUCUCGCCGCUACGAGAAACAACUCGAUGGAACACGUAACGAGGAAGCGAUCAGGGUGGUUUACUUAAAGUUCCCCGUACAAUGUGCCAUGGCUUCGUCCUUAGGGGGACCAGGAAUGACGACAGGCGUCCCGCCGCCGCGAAUAGUCAACCUGGAAUUUCCCCCACCUCCACCUUAUCCACCGCCUCACAAUCAGAUAUCGUGUAACGCAUUAAUGGAACCGGUAUCGCCAGUGUCACCCAUCACGAGUUCACGCCAGCAUCUUUUGGAUUAUUCGUAUGCAUACUACCAGUCUGAUUCCGAUCAUUUCCACACGACAUAUCCGACAGAGGUGCUGUCGCAGCAGCAGCAACAGCAACAGCAGCAGCAACAACAGCAGCAGCAGCAGCAACAGCAACAAGAACAGCAGCAGCAGCAACAGCAGCUGCUGCUGCGACAACAGCAACAAUUGCAGCAGAUAAGGUCGGAUCCUUUAAAAAGACACACUUACACAACUUGCUAUGGCACGGAGGAAAACAUUUAUGAAGAGAUAUCGGAAAUCAGCAAGCAAUGUCAUCGCGCGUUACACGGAUCGCGAAGGUCGCUCGUGGCAGAAGAGGUGCGUCGCGUACAAUCGCGGCAUCGUCGUGUGCUCGGGGAACUCAAUUUAAGCGUGGAGGCAAUGCUAAUGCCAACCACGGUCGACAAUAACGAGGAAGAAAUGGCGCAGGAAGCUCAUGGAACCUCUACCGAAGAGCUCUUACCUUCGGUUAACCCCGCUGACGAUCUCUCUCGCGUUGGAUGCGACAUGGACAGCGGUUUCAGUGGGAGUUCUACCGCGAGUUACAGUUCUGCGAGCAAAUCUAUCUUCCAGUCUUAUUUGAAUUCGAUUCACAGAUCGGGUUUGGGAUCUUUAAGAAGGGGAAUAGGGAGAACGAAUGGUCCGGAACCGAUGGGCGUUCUACGUAAGACGAAAGCCGCCAUGAUUUGGAAAAAAGGUUGGAAAGGCUGGAAAAAACUUCACUCUUUCGGGAGCAGCAAUAACAGUAGUAGCAAUAACAAGAUCGUUGAUGAGCCUCGUUCAAGGUGCAGAUCGUGGGAUGACGUAGGACCGGGCAAAAUGGAAACAGUCAGCGGGAAUUCACACACGCAUCAUUCCUCGUUAGAGACCAGCAGGUCCAACACGUCCACGCAGUCUGCCAGAAGCGAGGAUUCCUGGUGCUCGGCGUCGGAUCACGAUCUCUCCUCCGAUGACGAAAGCGAAAAGAGCAAUAUCAGUAUUAAAAGCAACUGUCAAUUGAGAAACACGUUGCAUAAGGCGCGCACGCUUUGCGACAAGUGGCGGUUUCAGAAUAUGCCGGUAAACAAUGUAGACCUCCUGGAAUCUCCGGGGAAUCACGGCCGCCUCGCAAGGUGGUUUAGCAUCCGCCGGGGUUCCGUACACCAUUAUGAGGUCGAUUCCUCGGACACAGUGUCUCUGACCAGUCCAGUCAAAACAUCGCAAAUGCCACAACUCUGUGAAGUCGAUGAAGAGAACAGUGCUAUGGUACAAUUUCAAUGCAUGCAACAGCGAAGACAAGCUCCGCCUACGCUUCCAUCGCCACCUUCGAACUUGUCCCCUCAGCAACUGAAACGUAGACAUAUUGUGGCCGCGAUAGUACACUCCGAAAAUAGUUAUGUAUCUACUUUGCAGAGACUGGUAAACGAUUACAAAAAACCAUUGGAGGAAUCUUCGCCACCUAUAUUGAGUCAAUCUAAAAUUGCGACGUUGUUUCAUAGGCUGCCUGAAAUUUUACAAUGCCAUACAUUAUUUAGAAUUGCUUUAGCAGAAUGUGUACGAUCCUGGGACAAGGAUGAAAAGUUAGGAGACGUAUUUGUCGGGAGUUUUAGCAAGGCUAUUGUUCUUGACAUUUAUAGUGGCUUUAUAAACAAUUUUUCUGUAGCGAUGGAUUUAGCUAAACAAGAAUCGAAAAGAAAAACCGCACUCGCCGACUUUUUUAAGGUGAAACAAAUCAGUGCUCACGAUAGAUUAUCUUUCUUUGGAUUAAUGGUCAAACCCGUACAGAGGUUUCCUCAAUUUAUCUUGUUUUUACAAGAUUUAUUGAAGCAUACACCACAAGGACACCAUGACAGAAUGUCGCUGCAAUUAGCGUUAACACAGCUCGAGAGUUUGGCAGAAAUGCUGAACGAAAGAAAACGAGAAGCGGAACAAUUUCAAGCAUUUAAGGAAAUGUUGCGGCAUGUUUCCGGAAAGUUAUCACAUCGUCCACUUUCUUCAACGUCUCGUUAUCUUAUUAGAGAGGACAAUGUUACACAAAUGGAAUUUAAUCAAAAUGGCAUGAUAACGAAAUCUAAGAGAAGAAGGCUGUUGUUACUAAACGAUUUAGUAGUGUGCGUUUCCGUAACUCCGAGAUCCACGGAGGAUUUUUCAGGAAACGAACGACUAACAUUAAAAUGGACAUAUCCAGUAUCAGAUAUUGAGAUUCAAGACACCAGCACUUCUCCGACUUUAAGUCGAUUACUCACCGCUGGUUUGAAUAAGGGCGGCAGUUUAAAAUCUGAUAAAAGCGGAGAGUGUGGACAAGCAGCUGAUGCGGACAAUCUCUGUGUAGAGAUGAACGAUCUUAUGCAUGAUUACGAAGUGAUGUCCAGAAUAAGUGAUUUAGUGGCUCAGUUAAAGGGCAGAUACGAGGGGAUGACGCUUCAGACUACCAAGCAAAUUCUGCAAUCGAUACAAAUGUCGAUACAGCAGAAAGAUGAGGAUAUGGUAUGGGCCGAUAGUUGUUGUCUCCAGCUAGUCACAAAACAAGGUCAAAUGUACACGUUUCAAACAGAAAACCCAUUAGUAAAAAAGGAUUGGAUAACGGAGCUUAGAUUGGCGCAAUUAGCUUUGGAUCCUAAUAACUCUCCCUCGUGGGAAGUACCUGAACAAGAGCAAAGGCCGUCCACGAAAAUGCCACUUUUCGUUAGUUCACAAGCCGUCUAUCAUUCGCAACAUCAGACUGAAGUGCGUUGCGGUUGUUAUUAUUCUGUUGAAAAUUCACGUCCCACGAGACGACGCGGUAGAAGUCAAAAUUACUUGUGGAUAUGUACAGGAGAUGGCAUAUCUAGCCACGUAACGAUUUUCGGUCAAUCGACAACAGCUUCAGCGACUUGUUUGAAACGUAUAACUACUUUUGAUCUGGUCGAAACUAGAGUUAGCGCUAUCGAGUUUGUAAAAGGAGUGUCCAGCGAUCUUACCACGCUCGCCAGCGAUCUUAUAUGGAUGGGUACGGAUUCUCGAAGGAUUAUAAUUUAUGCCGCGACGGAACCCGAGAAAGAAGAAGAGAUUGGCAGUUAUCCUGUCUCGGGACCCGUAAUAGAAAUCAAGUAUCAUUGCGACAACGUUUUCGUAGCUUUAGGCAUGGGCUUGUUACUUUUGUUUAAACGACAAGCCGAUGGCGCAUGGAGUUUGAAAGAUCCUUUCAGCAUAUCAUUGGGUAACGAUCCUGUCUCGUGCUUAAUGCCAAUCAAUACGUCAGUUUAUGCCGCUUGUGGCAAGAAGGUGUGGGUACUUAACGCUACUUCGGGCGACGUCAUCAAGAGCUUCAAUGCGCAACAUGAACAUGUCGGGAAUGUGAAGCUCAUGGCCCAUUCCGGAGUCGGUCUUUGGGUCGCUCUGAAAAACUCUAGCACAGUUUGCCUUUAUCAUACAGAAACAUUUAAACACCUGCAGGACAUUAAUAUAGCGUCCAAUGUGUUGAGAGUGACGAAAAUGAAUAAUCCUGCAAACUCGUGUGCUGGCACCCUCGCUGUUAAUAAUCAAACUGCGGUCACGGUCACGGCGCUUUUAGCAUGCAAGGGUCUUUUAUGGGUCGGUACUAAUGUAGGCAUUAGUCUGACUAUUCCACUACCGCGAUUGGAAGGCGUACCUAUUAUUAGCGGUCGUGUCAAUAUCUCGUAUCACGCCCACUUCGGUCCGAUUACUUUUUUGCUAGCGAUACAGAAUACAAAGAAUACAGUGUACUCUGCGAAGGAACGAGUUAAUGUUGAUGACGAAAGUGUACAAUUGAGGGCGAAAGAUGCCGAGCAGAGAUCGCGUGACAGAACGAGUUUAGAUUCUUCCAUGUGUAGCAACAUCGUGAAACUAAAACAACAGUUAACGGGAAGCCCGGUGAUGUUGAGAAGAAAGCGAAGCAAGGAAUAUGACUGCAGAGGCUCGAAAACGCUUCCUAGAGGAUUAGGCGCUGGCUGUGGAUUUCUGUCGAGCUCCUUCUCCAGCUCGCAAAGUUCCGGUGAAAACUGUGACGUUUAUGGACUGUACGGUGAAUUGAUGUACGUGAAAGAUUACGAAAAUGAAAACAAUUCAGGUAUAGAUCCCAUUUACGAGUCGUUGAGAAGAAGCGAUCCAGAGCUGGCUGCCAUACCAAAUAAAGUGAGUACCUUGGAUCGUAGAUUAAAAAUGAAAAUCACUAGGCCUAGAUCGCUGGAUCUUUCCAACUGGUCGGUAGACUCUCACACCAGCUCCUUGUACACGUCUUCCGGAUCGGAGGAGAACUUGUCUCUAAAAACUGGAAAAUUAUCGCGUAAUAGUAGCAUAGCUAGUCGUAAUGGUCCCUACGACCUCUCUACACCUAACAAUAGCGUAGUAGAAUCGGGAUUGGAAGCAACGUCCGCGACUAAUCUCAAGGCGAACGGCAAGAAAAAUGGCAAAGCGGUUCAGCAAGUAGAUCAACCCAAAAGAACGGUGCUAACACUUAUGGGUGGACGCGGUUAUAUCAAUUGGAGGCAACUACACGCGCAAUCCGGUGUUGACAAGAAUUCAAAAUCGACCUACGCGUUUAAAGAUCCUAACAGCAACGACGCACAUAUCGUCUUAUGGGAGAUGAAAUUAUGA